GUAGCAGAGCGUGUCCACGCAAGCCAACAAAAGCUUCGGCUUCCUCGCCCUUCCAACCCGCGUUGCCCAUCUCGCGAGCUUCGCCUUCUAUUCUUGGCGUUUCCACUUAGCUCACAUCCACAGCGCCCAAAGUAACAUACUAACCAUUGGUUGUAUACCUGGCUUAUAUGCAGGCAGUUUAGUCCACGGCCUGGGAACUUCAUCCAUUCGCCGUCUCAGGAAAAUGGUGGAGACGACGCUCCCCGAGUCUGCACAUCUUGAUAAAGCAACAUGUGUCAAUGCUUUUGAGCGUGCCAGCAGCGGAAAGGCGGCCAGCGCCUCGGCAAGAAUUACAGUCGACCGCUUGCGCACACGCGCGGCUGCGAGCGCGCUAUCCUCAGCAACAGCUGAUAGCUCGAGGACUACAAGCAGCACAGCCCUGUCUGGUCUUGAGUUGGAAUGUGAGACCUCAAAGGCGAAGGCCGCGAAGCCGCUGGUGACCGGCCUGAGAGCCGAGGAGGUGGAGGCCUGGCAGCGCUUUCCAUUUCUCAGGCACGGGUAUCGGCGAGGUGGAAGCUACUGGGAGUGCCUGAUGAGCCUUUUCACGCUGCACAAUGAAACGGUUAAUGCGUGGACGACGUUCCUGUCCAUUCUGAUGGGCCUGCUGCUCUUUGCCUCGACCGCCAGCAGCCUGAGCUGCAGCUGGUUGGACUUCUCGCCUUUCUUCGCGGCGUGGAUCGGCCAGACGCUGCACGGGCCGCUGUCGUGCGGCUACCAUACGUUCAUGUGCAUGUCUCCCGUUGUGGCCAACCGCUGGCGCAAGCUGGACCUCACCUUCAUCCUGGUGCUCAACACCUGUGCCACCUACGCCCUGUCCUACUUCACCUUUGGGCUGUGGUUGUCACUGGCAUGGACGGCAGUGGUGGCGGUGGCGGCGGGCAUGGGCAUCAGUAGUGUGCAGGCGCUGCAGCCCAAGCAGCAGCUGGACCGGCGGCGCAUCAUCGGCAUGAUCGGCCUCACCAGCCUGGGCUACUACCUGCCCGUCACGGCGCGGGGGCUGCUGGCGCUGGCGCUGCAGCGCAAGGUGUGGCCCGAGCUGGGCAUUGCGGCGGUGAUGCUGGGCUGCCACUUCCUGGGGGCGUUGGUGUACGCCACCCACUGGCCGCAGCGCUUCUUCCCGGGCGUCUUCGAUCUGGCGGGCUUCUCGCACAACCUGAUGCACAUUCUGUGCUUCACGGUCUACAACUGCGCCUACCCCUACCUCUCCUACCUCUACAGUCAGCGCGCCGACUGGUGGGCCCUCGUGGCGGAGCUCAGCGGUCAGGCCUCGGCAGCGCCUGGAGCAGCGGGCGGCGCCGCAGCAGGCAUGGACAUGGCCCGCAUGGGCAUGGGGCUGGGCAUGGGCGGGGCCGCGCUGGGCUCGGCUGCUGCGUACUGAGGUGCGUGCGGCGCGCAGGAGCUCUGCAGUGGCGGCGGUCGGGCUAAGGUGUUUCAUUAGUGGGCCGCAUUCGUUGCCGGCGGCUCAGCAUUGUAAUAGUUGCUAUCGUUUUAUGGCGGCGUCACGGUGUGCAGCUGCCACGGGCUCGCGGCGGCGCUGGGCUGGCCAGGCGGCGCCCGAGCUACACGGCUGUGCGUGGCCGGUGAAUAAAGAAUGUCGCUUGCAAUUAUGGGGUUGUUUCCUCGAGCAAAUGUCGCUUGCACCGAUGGGGGACGCGGUGGCGGCGUGACAUGCGAGCCUUGGGGGAUAGAUGGGGAGCGACGCGCCGCGACGCUAAACUUUGAUUCAUUGUUGCGGGCAGGGGGUGGGCAAUCCCGCGCCGCUGCCUGAGUGUAUUAGUACUGCGGCUGAACAGAGUGGGCGUCUGCGCAUGGUGGGCACGGAGCCAACGCAGCUGCGGCCCCCGGCAUUCGGGGGGCAUGCUGGCGUGGGUUCGCUCGUCGCACAGAAAAGAUACAACGAUGUCUAGCGCCUGGCGUUGCCGGGAACACGCAACGUUACUGCUGGAUUUGUGGGCUCGAGAGUUCGCUUAAUUAUGGGCACGCAGGCACGAUCCAGAGAGUAGAUAGGAGCUCGAGUGGGCGCGGCGGUGAAGACCGCUGCUGCUCCGUCGGUGUGUGCACGGGCCCUGGUUGCCCGCCCCUUGACUGACUGAUGGAGUUCCAGGUGGGCUUAUUGAUGUGACGAGGCGCGCAGCAGGAUGUCUAUGAGUGCCAUGCGCGGUAUGAAGAUUGCAACAAACAAUUACUGGAUAUGACAAGCGAAAGGACUGGACCGUGGUGGGACCUGAGCUAUGAUCAAGUUGGGUGGUGGAUGCUUUGGCGAGAGCUGAGGGAUGGCAGCGCAAGCACGCUGCCCUUCAGAAUAGUUACUUGUGAUGCCGAGCUGUGGCCAGCCCUUACUUGCAACGGCGGGAGGUUGGCACUGCUGCUGAUAGAGCUGUGAGUGUGGGAGGGACGUCGACUCGUGACUUGCCGUAUUACGUCAACAGAGGGGAGAGGUGCCGGACGCGGUGCCGUGGCGAGAUCCAACGCGCGGGAAGCAUGGCGUAUUCAUGACGAUCCGUGCAUGGUCUGUGUCAAUCUAGGCCUUGCCGGAUGCUAUUUGCUGGCGGAUGCCGCGAAACGUUGAGACGUGAGCGCCGGGAACAACAACCGUGCGUGGUCGAGGGGAGCGAGCCUGUCUACACGAGGCAAGAAUUGUGGAUGCGACUAGCAUAAGGGAACCAAUGGUACUGCGCUUUUAAUGACUCGUAGCAUGUUGGGUUGAGUGAGAAUAUGAGAGGGCGUCACACAGCGUUUGCGGUGAUGUUCCUUGAGGACCUGAGCAGCGUGCCUGGCCGUGAGGGGCUAGGCUUGGCAAUAGGGGUACUCUCGUCUUCACGGGUAUCAUGCCCGCCCUGAUGCCCGCCAGGACAUGAUCGUGCCCGGCUUUGCGACCGCGCUCUGCAGGGUGGCUAUCGCAUUCGUGGCCAGGGUAGCUGUAGCGGAAUUCAAAGCGCAGGGGCAGGUCGGGUCAGCAUCCUUGUCAGAGGUCCUGCGUUGCGAGGAAACGGGCCCCCAAUGUCUUGACUCA